AUGUCAUCAUCGCGCGUAAGACUCGCCGCCUGCGAGCCCUGUCGGCGAUCCAAGCUUGCUUGUGAUCACGAGCAGCCCACUUGCAGCCGAUGUCGCACUCGAGGCCAGAACGCACUCUGCACGUACAGAGAGCGGCCAUUCCGCAGAAGAGCGCUGAGAAGUCGUAGCAAGGAGAUUGAAGAAUCCAUACCCACUGAGACCGCGGCAUCUUCCCCUGGACUUGGAGAUACCAGCUUGCCUGAAGUAGUAACAACCUCCUCAGCGCGUCGCUACCCAAAUCCAGGCUACCUUGGAAUAUCUAGUCACUCAACUCUGUUUAACCAAGUUUCCUCAGGAGGUGAAUCCGAUCCAAGUUCCCUUCCACCGGCCUCGACAAGAUCAAGGCCAGGUUCGCCAAUACACCUUUUGGACAACCAAGUAGUGACAGACAGAGCGAUUCAUGCCUUGACUCGCCUGGAUAGAAUAGAUAUCUUCAAGAUCACCCCAUUGGUUCAUUUAUGGCUUGAUAAGGGUACCAACCUUCCUUUGGCUGAACCUUUCGUUUCCGGCUGCUUGGAGUCUGUGAAGCAAUGGAGGCAACUCUUGACCUCCGACUCCACCAUCGAAGCAGGCGAUUUUGGGCCUGAAAGCAUGGGCUCUAUCUACGUUAAAGCACUGCUGGCGAAUACACGCAAGUCUAUCGUCAUGCAUCGAGGCAUGAGCCCGCAAGAGUUUCUCGCCCAGAUGCUGGAAAAGAACUUAAGAUGGGAGAGCUUAGGCAUCUUCUUCAUUGCUGCUGCAAGAGCAGCAUACGAUAUAUCCAGUUUUACGCCGCUCUAUUCCACCCAUGAGCAGCGCCAUAGGCUCAUCAAGACGCUAACAUACAUAGGAGACUGCUGCUUGGAGACAUGCAUUGAGUUGGACUGUUUAAACGACUUGCAACUCGUUUUGCAGUACGAAAACUUCAUAGUGCACUCACAAGUGGACGGAGAUCAGAGUUAUCAUUCCUGGAGGAGAAUCGGAGAUGUUGCUAGCUCCCUGUUUGCCUUGGGUUACCACGAAAGAGUUGAGGGUAUCGACACCCCACCCUUUAUCAUCGAGCUACGAAAGGCUUGCUUCGCUCGUAUAUAUGCUGCUGACAAAAGUUUGGCCGUUUUCCUUGGUCGCCCACCGCGAAUAGUAAAGGACUACUGUUACUUCAAGAUUCCAAGCAAUCUAGAAGAUGUAUGGGGAAUCAGUCGUGAUACCACAAACCGUAAUUCUACGCGUCUCUUCCAGGCAUGCGGUAAUGGUGAGGAAAACGGCCAAGUUACUCACGAUGUCGAGCCGAUCAACUAUACUGCUGAUACACGUUGCUCAGCUUUGUUUGCGUUUCUCAAGGAGGACGUGCUCCAACUUCUCCGCAGGGGCAACCUUUCAAUUGAUGAAAGAGAUAAAAACAAACUUCGUUCUCGAAUUGAUAAGCAGUGGGAUGAUCUUCCAGCACACUUCCGCCUUACAACCAGUUUGAAGGAUUGCCAAGGGGGACCUUUCGAACGUGACUUUCUCGCUGGGACCCGGCUUGAUUAUUUACAUGUUCAUUUUCUCCUGGGCUUAGUAUCUCAAGGAAGUAUAUCCGAACCGGGAGAUGAUCUAUUAAAGAUAGCUACUGAAAUGCUUUCAAUUACGGUGGAGGUUAUCAUCUUGCGUGACCAACUGGUCAACUCUGGAUCAUGCCUUAUCUGGAAGGUUGCUCAAUAUGGGCUCCCUGCCGCGGGGAUGAUAUCGCUAGCACUUUUAAACGCGGUUGCCGGUGAGACAAUGUCACACUCACGGUCAAAGAUGAUUCAAGCUUUGUGUACUCUGGUUGUAGAGAUUACAACUGGGGCUUGGAUCCAGGCUGGAGAGCCUAACUUUGCUCUCUUUGCCCGCGCAACUCGAACUAUCCAGAGUCUUUUAGAUUCCUUGUUAGCCGCUAGGUCGCCGCAGACUUUUAGUCACGAUGCGGAUGCAGCUUGGAAUCCUUACGCUAAUUCACAACUAUGGGAAUUUGAACUGGAUUUCUGGGCGAACCUCGCCGAACACCCCAACUUGAUCGAAUUCUCUGGCAGAUGA